AAUGGCAAGGCAGCAGGAUAUAUCAACAAUACGACAUCUGUGUUGUUGUUGUUUUAAAAACAACAUGAACUGUAACAAUCAUGUAUAUGUUUGCAAAAAUGAUAUCAAGUUAAUAAAGAAAAUUUCGUAAUGUAUUAAGAAAUUUUAAAAAUAAUUCUGAUCUAAAUGUGUGUCUAGUAGAGUACAUUUGACACACAUUAUAUGCAGAUAUAAUUCAAGAAUUAUCAUUACUAUCAAAAACUUGGUAAAUGUAACAGGUUCGUUCGAACUGGACAACAUUAUAUUGAUAUUUUAUGCAAAUCACUUGAUAGAUGUGUCCGAUUUUAGGGCAAAGAUACGUAUCUUCUGUCCGCCAUUCGUCACUAGGUGGAUACGAAAGUUUACCUUCAGCAAGAUUUGGCUUGAAGUCAGCUAUUUCACUUUCACAUGAGUGAUGUGAUGUGCGAUUUGAAUAUUUUAUUGCAGAUGCAGAAUGUAUGAAUUUAAUGCAUAAAGGCAAUUUCGGCGGCUGGAUAAACAAAUCAACUUUUUCCGGGAAUGAAUGAAAAUAAAUGUGCAUGCCUUGGAUUUAUAUGAACGACAUUUUUGUAAGAAAAGGCGUGUUUUUAAUAUGGAGAUCUAGAUUUUUAAAAAAUAAUAGACAGAACAAUGUUUAUAUUACCGUUUAUGCCUUUUCGGAUUGCUUAUGUGCAUACAUUGGACUUAUAUGAAGGAAACUUUUGUAAGAAAAUGCGUGUUUUUGUUGUUGUUUUUUAACGGAGAUCUGAGUUUGUUUUUUAAAUAAUAGACAAAACAGUGUUAAUAUUACCGUUUAUGCCUUGUCGGGCUGUUGAAAAAAAAUACAAGUGCAUAAAUUGGACUUAUAUGAAGGAAACUUUUGUAAGAAAAUGCGUGUUUUUAACAUGGAGAUCUAAGACUUUUUAAAAAAUAUUAAUAAACAAAACAGUGCUUAUCUUUUAUGCCUCAUCGGAUUGGUUAAAAAUACAUACAGAAACCGGCAUUUGUGGUUUAUCUAAAAUGAUGUGUUUAGUAGAACUGCAACAUUGAGUGUUUUUGUUGUUGUUGUUGUUUUUUGUUGUUGUUAAAAUGGAUUAAGAGCGGCUAUCCAUUUAAAACAUUCUGAUCAUCGCGAUAUUCAGUAGUUGUUUUUUUUAUAUGUUUUGGUUAAAAAGUUGAUUCCGUAGGAUAAAAAGUCCGGAUCAGUUUAAUCUCGAUUUUCAAGAUGGACUAGGACGGGAAUUUGCACGAAUACGGAAGGCAUACUGGAACUGGGAUGAUAUUUCUGAUUUAAAACUUGGCGUCAACGGCAGCCAACAUGAGCACCACUUUUGCGAUAACCGGUUACCGGCGGCAUAGUCUGAAACACUACCGGCCAAGUUACUACAGCGAGCUCGCGCCAAUAUAUGAAGACGUUCCGGUUCAACCUUUACCGGCCAAAAGCUCAAGAAAAUUCAACCUACUCAGUGAUCUAAGUGGAUAUUCGCAAGAAAUCAAGGUGUACUGUUCUAAAAAUGACUCAUACCACAAUUAUGCGACUGUUGACGUCAACGGUAUGGACGGUAAGGUCGCAAAUCCGUCUCCAGUGAGUGCUUCCAUGAUGGAUGGCUUGAUGAAAAGUCGGUUUCAAAAGAAAUCAAGUAAAAGGGAAAUCAACGAAACAUUUCCUGAUAUUGGACAAAACUUUACUAAACGAAAUACAGACGAAAAUAUGAACAGAUAUGUUAAUAAAAGUGUGGCUUAUGACGUCAAUGUUGAACUCGGGCUGAAAGAAGACGCUAUAGAUCGUCCCGAAAAUGACACGAUCACCCUGGAGCGAACUAGCAGCCUUUAUCAGUCACCAUUCACUACAAAUAGCUCCCUGGAUUACGCCGUGGUCACUAAUGACCGGGGUGUGGCGGUCAAGCGCUGGCCAAAACUCGAACCUGAACCACCCAGAGACAAGACCUUAUGUUGUCCCGCCGAGCAGAAGAUUAAGAAGCGUUGUUUCGCCGUCGGUUUUCUGGUCCUCGUCGGGCUGAUAGUGCUAUUUGUCGUCGCCAUGAUCGACGGCUGGCUUAUUGAAGAAACAGGGAAGGGAUUCAGUGGAACUGAUCAGAUGACACUGUUUGCGAACACGCCGAUAAUGUUCAGUGAAGACAUAGGAUUUGAUGACAACGUCACCGAAAGUUUCGAUACGUCAUCAACAGCUAAUUGGGCGGACUUAAACAGUACAGCUAGUCCGUGACGAUCACAUUCUCGUUACCAAGUCUACCCAUAACUCUUGCUCCAUUGAAUACCCUAGACACAUGAAUUAUUUAUUCAUCUGGAACACCUAGGCCAUUUUUAAUCGAAAACGACCUCGGAUGUAUAUGUACGGUUUAUAAUGUCAGAAUUCUUCUCAUUUAACUACGCUGCAAGUAGAUCGCGUAGAAGUUUUAAUUUAGCGGUGAAACAUCAGGACUUUCUCUUAGAAAUCUUCAUUAUUUAUACAAAAAAAAAUAUGCUAAAACGCUAAAAAAAAUUCUUAAUAUUUACCGAACUACAUGUUCUCCUACUUUCGAUGGAAAAAAGCCAUGGUGUUCCGAUGGUAAUUAAUUAGGUGAAAUCAGAAUGUUUGAUUGGACGACUGGAACUCACCUUAAGCAAUACGGAAAAGGCCGAGAGAUUACGGAAUGCCUUACGAAGUUUCGUUAAAAGCCUAUUUUCACGUUGUAUUUUAGGAGAAAGAGAAUAAUAUGUCUAAGCACGGCUAUUAAACGCUAGUUCCACCACUUAUAAAUUUUCGAAAUAUGUCCGUUUAACAACAUGAUCAAAUACAAAAUAAUUCAGACUCACGUGUGUAGAAGUAAACACAAGGCACAGCUGCACCACGGAAAUGUCGACAGCUCAUCUUCUUUGUACCACCGAUCAGUGGAAGAGGUUGCGUUAAGAAGCCGUGCUUUGGCAGAGUUGCCCAAUAAAAAAACAUCAACUCCAUAGAGCUUUCAUAACAAGAUUUACUUUUAUAUUUCAUGUUAUAACAAAACUAUGCAUCGGAAGAACUUUCAUAACACGUCACUUGUAUGUUUCAUGUCAUAGCAUACGAAUUGCUUAGUUCUACAGUCGAACCCCGUUGGCUGGAACUCAUAGGUAACGCCGAAAAUACCUCGAGCCUCGGACAAAUCGAGCCAAGCGGGAAUUCUCAUCUUCAGUAUAAAUAAAUGGGUCCUAAACAUGCAGUUCGAGCCAACCAGGAAUUCGAGCCAACCGAGUUCAAGCCAACGGGGUUCGAUCGUAUUUUCUUAUUUGCGUAAUUAUGAUAAACGGAAUGCAUGAGCAUAAGUGUGGAAUAUGUAUCUUUAUAUUUGUGUCGCCUGCGUAGCAUAACAGACACAUCGGGAUUACUUUGUACGGCGUGGGCGUGGCCAUCGUCGCCCGUGUCAUUGUCACACUUUUGUUUCGGUUCAGUAACUUUCGAAAGAUUUUUUGUAUCCAGAGGCUCUAUACUUUGUAUGCACAUUAAUGAUUAUUCAUAGUCAGGGUGAACCCUUUUGAUUUUGUUGUUGCUGUUGUUGUGGAGUCUGCCCGCGCCUUAAAACGGCUGCAUUAUUGCUUGAUCCCGUCAUAUCUCCAAGUUUGACAUAACAAAAUUUAAAAUCCAAAGGGGGAGUUUUGCCCCCACCGGGUGAUGGGACGGAUAUUCGACAAAGUAUUAAUUGUGUACCCAAAAUGCCGCGAGACCUGCGACCAAUGACAUCUAGAGUGGUCCCACAUCUCUUGACUAUUAGAUAUGGUUUCAUUUCUCUCUCCUUAACUAGUUGUAAUUAAAGAAAAUGAUUAUGGCGUUCGUAUUUCGUAGGUAAAGGUCAUAAAGACCUUAACAUGAAAAAUGGUGGACCCUCCAGACAGGCAAUU